UCAUUCCUUCGCUUUAAGCUGUUGGAUCAGCCAUGCCUGGCAACGGGGGCUGUAUCGGCCGUGGCCUGACCUGUACAGGAUCCCCCGUGUGUGUCAGGCGGGUGGCGGCACCGUCUGGCUGGAGCAGCGAGGCUGGAAGCGGCGGAGGUGAAUCCUGCCCUCGGCGCCGCUGCUGUCUGACCAGAGGUCAUCCUUCCUCAACUCGGGAAAACCCCGGCACUUGGCCGCGUAGCAGUGGCAGUUGUACGGGCAGUUUUGAUGCUGCGUUGACUUCCAGGGCGGUGUGGAGGGGGGGCUCGCGGCGACAGGAGCGCGACUCUCCGUUAUCCCGGAGCCGCCUUGGUGCCCUGCGCUUCCCGGCGCCGGGCGGGCCGCCCGCUCCCGGCACAGACUACAUCCCCCAGCGUGCACCGCGCCCGGCCGCCAGCACCGCGCCACGCUAUUGGCCGCCCCGCGGGCGCAGCCAAUGGGGAGCGGGUAUAUUGGCAGGCGCCGGCAGGGCAGAGGUGCUGCCGGCAGCCGGUGCGAGAGAGGGGCGCGGCGAGGAUAGGGCGACCCCCGACGGCAUGGGCGGCAGCGAGAGCAGCCAGGGCGGCAGGAAGGUGUCCUUCGGGCUGGACGAGCGGGACCGAGUCCGGGUGCUGCAGGGCAUCAGGCUCACUGAAGAUGUAGUGAACCGGAUGAAAGGAUCCUCUCCAAGUAGAAGGGAGAACCAGAGAUCUCCCCGUGCAUCCAAUGGCACAGCUCCCUCCUCACUGGCUGCAGAAGGGAAACCCAGACCUACAGGAAUUCUGCCACCAAAAGCAAGUGACUCUUCUGCAGAGCAGGAACUCUACAGGAGGUAUAUGGAGGAGCAGACACUGGUCCAGGAGGAGUUGCUCCGGCUGGCCAAGAGAGAAAGGGAAGCAGCCAGUGAGGCCAAGGAAAGGAUCAGCAUUAUUGAGGAGAGGCAGAGAGCAGCCCAGCUGCCUGUGGAUUUGGAUGCCUGGGCUGUGGAGCUGCAAGGCUGGGAGGCAGACCUGAAGCGACAAGAGGCCUUCUAUCAAGAGCAGUUGGCCCGCAUUGAGAAGAAGAAUGCAGAGAUCUACAAGAUGACAUCCGAGCAGUAUCAGGAGGCAGCCACCAAGGCAGAGGAACGGAUAAAGAGGAGGAAUGCUGAUCCUAUCUGUGCAAACCUGCAGUCUGAAAUUCUGAAGUGCUACCAAGAAAACAAACGUGAAGUGCUCAAAUGCUCGGAGCUGGCGAAGGAAUAUCAGCGCUGUGUUAGUGCAGCUCAGAAGCAGGUUUGGAUCCAACUGAUGUUUGGACCCACCAGCAAGCACUGAACUGGCGGUUUGGAAGGAGGAGGCUGCAAUUCCCUCAAGGGGCAAGACAGAGUUCAGUGUCUGUCUUAUUUUUAAAUAUGCAUCUGAACAUGGCUGAUCAGAGGAGCAAAAGAAAUCUUCGGGUUCUGAGUGCUGGAAGCUCAUAAGGACAUAGUGUAAUCCUCUGCAUCUCCCUGCACCUCCUGCACUCCUCACUGAACAUGAAAGCUGCUUGGCACAGGGGACUUUGGCUGCAGCAAAGAUGGGUAAGAAUCAGAGACCCCAUGGAAGGAGGGUAGAAAGGGGUGGGUGCUUUGCAAGCCUCACACCUUCUUUUUCUGCUUCAAGUUCUUUUCAUUCUGUCAGGUUUAUGCCCUCUCUUGAACCCUGAAGGACCCCAGAGUACCUUACCCAGCUAUAGACCAGCUUUGCAGGGUGCUGUUUGACCUUGGGCAAGAAAAGACUGAUGGCUGCUCGUCAUGCUGGUACAGUGAGGGAACAAGCUGAGAUGUUCCAGUUCUAUGUUCUUACCACAGCCACUGCCAUGACAAGGUACCAGAGAUGGAUCUGCAGAUUUCCCAGUAGGAGUAGGAGCUCUGCUAAGGCAGAUUUUGUACCCAGCUGGUGAAUUUCCUAAAUGGCUUUGCUGUGCAGCUCUAGCUGCUGGCAUCUGUUCAGGCAGCACAGUGACGAAGUCACCUAAAGGGCAAAAAAAAGGCAGGUGCUUACUGGUCCAACAGCUCCUGCCAGCAGAUUAGGAUCAGAAGUGAAGGAGAACAUAUUGAAUUAAAGCUGUAAUCAUAAUUUCACUUUAGACAAAAUGUAUGUCGCUUGGCAGAAUACCAGGGCCCUGACUCUUGUAAAAAUGUGUCACAGGGUCCUUCAGGACCUUAGGAAGAUCAAGACCUUUAUUGAAAACCUUCUGUCAGCUGUGUUACUUUCCAUGGCACAGGCUACCUUGGUUUGGCAUAGGCACAGCUACUCCCUUCUGCAACAUGUUGGACACUUCUGAUCCUGAAAGUGGUCAAACCUGGUGUAGGUAGCUAAGGGUUCCAAGGUGACUGCAGCAGGUUGUAUGGGGGAGGCUGCAGGCUCAUCCUCUUCAUGUUUUCAUUUAGUAUCCUUGCCUAGCGAGCAGCCUAACCCAUCAGGGGAGAUACCUGAGAGCAUCAGGACUCAAUACCAGAUGAUUGUCAACUGAAGUAUGUUGACAGUGCUGAGGGUAGAGUGAAGUAGGCUCUACUCUGAAGAGAGAAGGCUGAGAAGGCUUUAUCUUAGUCCUUCAGAAAUGCCAAAAUCGUCCUGGAAAAAACAAAUGAUUUUGAUUGGAGAAAAAGUCUUCUUGCAGGAGGAUCUCAGUGUUUAUGUUGUCUAAUUUUUUUUUUCUUUAGAAAGAAUAUAUAGAAAGAAAAAAAAGUAAGAGUUAAGACUUUCCAGUUGAAGACUGGUGAAAUGAUAUGUAUGAACGAUAGAAGAGUUGACUGCUGGGGUGGAUGGAUUUGGCCUUCAAUUCUGAUUCUGCCUUUUUUUGCCAGAGAAUCCAUGUUUUUGGACUCUGAUGAGAUGUGUUCAGUUGUUGUCCUUUUAACAGUUUGGACAGUGUUUAUGUGGAAGGGGUUGUGCAUUUGCAGUGGGUGAGGAAUGGAAACAGGAGCUGGCACUGCACAGCUGAUUCCUUCUCUACAGUGCUGCAUGUUCAGUUGUCAGUUUUUCUCUACUUGCUGAGGAUUUUUGGUUUCUUGUUUUAAAAUAGCUACUAGAGAGAGAGGAUCAAUUGCCUACAGGGAUAGCUGGAGCCAAGUGGCAGAUAACCCUUCCCUGGCUGUAUUUGUUCAGCUCCUCCCUGCCCUGGGGAUGGCUCUGCUGCAGUUGUGGGUCCCCUGGAUGUGUCUCUGUGUACCCAGUCCUGAUGAGCAGCAUUGUGUACGCCAUGGCUUACACACUGCAGUCCUGACUGGCAUUAUUCUUCCAGUUAGACCUUUCUUGAAUAGCAAAGCUACUUAUUGCAGACUGCCUUUUUUCCUGAAAAAUCACAGAUCACUGCAUUCUUGCCAGAGCAAGGUUCUGUAUAUGGGGGAGCCCCAGAUAGCAGCAGUCAAACAACCUGAACUGGCUGCUCUGAUUGCACCAUUUUCUGGUGUCACUGGGGCUGGAAGAAUUCCUUGGGAAAAGAAACAAACUGCUACAAUAAUUUCAGCAUGCUCCUGUGACCUUGCUUUUGCCACAGUGGGAAACAGUUUCCAAGAAAACAGUAGAAAGAAUAUGCCCAAAGUCACUUUCAUGUGUAACUUAAAGUAUUCAGGAUUUUACCCUAGGUCCCACAAGGUAAAAGGCUGCUGUGUUAACCCCAGCUCUUUAUCUCUUGCCAAGUCUGGAAAUCCGGGUUCUUAAGAGGAGCUGUUACUUGUGUGACCUUCAUGCGUGAAACAGUUUCUCUUUUAAAAUGUGUUUUCCCCUUUAUCAGUUAUUCAUUGAAGAGUCUCUUUGCAUCUGUAGAAUUUUGAAGGGUAGCUAUUAUUUUACCAUUUUAAUUUUCCCAGCUGUUCAAAUAAUUGUUUUAACCUCUCAGUGCCUGGAAGUGCUUUUCACAUCCUGAUGGCUUUGCAUUGUAUUUCUUUGGUUUCAUGGUUUAAAUUACCAACAGUUUUCUCCCUAUUCCAAAUGGUUACUCUGUGGCUUUCUUCUCCAUAGCUUUAAAGUCUGCACUGUUCUGAACACCACAGACAGCAAGGCACUUUUGAACUUCCUCGCUGGGAUACCGAGCUCUCACAUCCCAUUUUGGGGUUUGGGCUUUUUUGUUGUUGUUCUCCACACACACACCCUGCAAAAAAGAGAACUUCAAUAUUUAAAGAUCCAGAACAAACUGGUUACUCUGAAAGGUCUUGCCAGUGGCCUCUCUGGAGCUGCAUUUCACCGUAUGUAGGGAAGGGGCUCUGACAGAGACAGCGAAGCCAGCACAGAAUACAUUGUCUUCAUGCAGUUUUACAGGGAGUAAAGUCAAAGCAUUUAAUUUGACAGUGGUUUCUGUAGCCCUGACACAAGGCUGUGAUGGCUGAGGAUGAGGGAAAGCUUCCUGCUGGUCUGGCAGAGGACAUGGCUGAUUGAGCUGAGCACUCAGUUCCAGGGCUGUGUUCCCAGCCCAGGGUGAUGCUCAGAGGGGGAGGGAUACAUCUUCUGUCCCACCUGGGGCAAAACACUUCCAUGUGGGAGUACCUCCAGACCAGCAGUGUCUCAUUUCAUAGCUUCACUUUUCUUUUUGAUAUUUAUAUUUAUACUUAUUUUCACUGAGCAUUGCUUUUCUUGAGUAUGUCUUUAAUGGCCGUGCCAUAGGGACAGAGGUAAAAUUUGAAAAUAGUAAUUACACUGUGAUAUUCUGGACAUAUUGUUGUAGUCUCUUAUGUGUUCUUCUCACAUGUUCUGAAAGUUGCAAAAGGUGAUUUAUAAUUCAUCAAACUAAGCAUAAAACAUCUGACUGCAAAGCCUAUCAAUCUGAUCCCAUCUCUUUCCAGCCCUUUAAUUAGGGAAGCCUUGCUGAAAAAUGUACCCAUCAGCUACUGAGAAAUAGUGCAUUCCUGGACCCUCAGUAUAGAUCUUGAGUUAUCCAGGUGCCAAAAUGCUGUCAGAACUGACAGAUCUUAGAAAAUACACCCACAGGCAGAACAUUAUCCAUUAUACCAGCACUGAGCAGUGGGCAGUAAGGAAAAAUCAGCAGAGAAUGUGUCUUUAUAAAGUUUAAUUGGCUUUUCCCGUUGCUAAAAAUCAGUGUAUCCGGCAGGGGAGAGAACCUAUCUAGCAGUUUGAUUUUUCCAUCCCAGAGCUGAAGGGUGCAGUCCAUCUUCACUGACGUGUGAUGUGGACUUGUCUCAGCACAGCUCCUGGCAGUGCAGUGGAAUCCACAGCCCACAGAGGAGGCUGCCAGGCUGUCCUCGGUGAGUGACCGUGCUUAAACAAGUGUGAAGAAUGAAUUACUCUGGAUGAGCUGGAUUUCAUCUGUGCUCCCGUUGCUCAAAAUCUGCUUCAGACAGAGCCAAACUUAGUUAAAGUUUUUCUUUGGGUGCUGGCUGCUAACUGCUCCUGGAAUACAACUGGCUGGGGUGUGGAAUCAAGGAUCCGGGCAAUGGAUAUGCUGAUCAGAAAGGAGGCAACAGCCAAAGGAAGCAGGAACUUUGCCAAGGCUCCAGGAAAUGCAGAGAUCUGGGGGGCAGAACAAGCUUCUUUUGAGUUGUUUGGCACUGCAGGUUUUCAUCAAAGGCAAAGAAAACAACAACUGUGUGGAUUUCUCCUGGGAAGGCUGUUUUGACACCUUGUUGCAGCAUCUUACAUUUACUGAACUAUGUAAAAUGUUUCAGUUCUUCUUCGGUGCUUGUGUCUGUUGCCAUUAGAUUUAUGACAGUUUUAUUAAAUAAUCUAUUCAAGAUCAUUGCAGAUCUAUUAUUAUACUGUUUUUUUCCCUAAUUGAUUAAUGAAAACUACUGAUUUCUUUAUUUGUGAUGUGUCACUUCUCUUGCUAAAUUCCGCAGAAUUUCUGAGAGCAUCUUUAUUUUAAAUUUCUCUUCAGCUAAGUAAAGCUCCUCUAUCUCAUUUCUGUAAAUACUAGAAAAGAGAAGUAUGUUCACUCACAAAAGGCAAUUUAGUACGUGAACUUCAUUAGAAAAGUUUAUUUUUCAGAGUCCUUGGUGGUCUUAAAAACAAACUGUAAUACCAUCACAGGUUUGCAGUCAUAUGAAGUCAGUUUAACCCUUGUGCAUAAUAAAACUUUUAAAAAGACAAAUUGUAAAUGUUUGUUGUUACGACAAAUGAGGGAGCAAUCCUUUAUCCAAAGCCCACUCUGUAGGACCUGUCCUGCUGUUGGCACAGAUCACUGUGAUGGUUUGGAAGGGGUCUCCUGAGCUGUGGCAGAGCAAAUGGGUGUUGUGGGAACUCUUGUCACGUCACUGAGUGGGCAGUGUGGAGAAGAGAGGGUGCAGCAGCGGGGCAGGAAACGUUCCAGGGCUCUUUGCUCUGCCUGCAGCGUGAGCCUCCUGGUCACGAGCAGCCUCUGCCCUUGCCAGGGCUGGUGCAGGGCCUGGCACAGUCAGUUCCCUGUCAGGAUAAACUCUGGAGCCUGCACUGUACAAGCUGUAAGAAUAUGAUGGACCUUAUGGAAAAAUAAGUGUUGAUUGUGUUGUGGUUUUUAAUUUUUUUAUUUCUGCUUAUCAUAUGGCCGUGAGAGACACAGCAACUUCUUGUGCUUGGAAGGUUUCUUUAGAAAUUCGAAGCAAGUGGGAGGAAGGGGUAACAAAGUCUAUUCUGUUCCUCUAAUUCAAUAUCCCUAUUUACGAGCCCAACUCGUCAAUAUGUUGUCACUGUUCUUUGCAGCAAGAGAAAGACUGAAGCCUUAGAACACUUCUGGAGAAUAUCUACAAAUCCAUGUGAAUAGCCUAAAACAUCAUAAUUCGUGUAGUUUCCAUGGAUGCCAACCAUGCUGCAGUUAGGGCAGUUCUGGUGUGUUGUUCCAAAUGCCACAGCAAUUUUACCAGGAUGCAGUAUUCUUGCCUGCUGGCCCUAGAGUCUGGUGGUGUUGCUGUCUGCUGUUAAAUAUCUGUCUUGUGCCUCUGUGAAAGAAGGGAUUCCUGCAUGUGCAGCUUGAGGAACUGGUGAAGAGUUUUAAGUUUUAUUGUGUACUAUAAAAUAGUAAUUCCCGAUUAAAUGAAACUGCAUAAAAAUAUCAGGAUUUUGACAUCUUGUUUUCAAGUUGGUAAACAGAGAUGGUAAAAUGCUUCUUUGGUGGCCUACAGAUACUAAAGGCAUUGCUAUCCUAGAUUCUCAGUUUGCCAAUGCACAGUGUAAAUGUGGAUGGACAGUGCCUGGCUCUGGCUCUGUGUCAAUCAUUCCCUAGAUGCCUGUUGGCACCUGAGUGACCAGCUCCUCCUGCUUAAAAGCAAGCCUGCAUGAUUCUUCUAUUUUUCUAAACCCUUUGCUGUCUUUAAUUGAGCACUGGGAGCCAUUGUGUGUGUGGUGCUGCAGGAUCCUUGUUGUGUAAGGGCAUUGAUAAAUAUGUAUUGUGUUGCCAAGUGGUUGUAGCUACUCUGCAGGUAGUGGUGGAGGAGUGAGCUGCAUACAGUUAAGAGUCCUUGUGUCUCUGGGGUCAAUAAAAACAAGAUGGCACAGGGAAUUGUGGGAAAUGGAGCCAGGAUAGCUGCCUUCAGCAUCACCUGCUAAUAAACCAGCUAUUUAUAGAUCAGCUGAGGCUUUGUCAACUAGAUUGUUAAAUUAGUAUUUACAUACUGGCCUCAUGGACUUUCACAGAAAAUGUCAUUUGCAUUAGUGCUUGGACAUAAGUGCAGCUUCCUGUGCUCCAGACACACGAGUGUGUUUGGUCACAUUCAGUGGCUUGCAGUGUGUGUGUGAAACCAUUCCUGAUAGAUUCUAGCCUUGCAAAUAAAUCCUCUUCUCCCUGUAGCAUCAUUUUCCCAUCUUUCUGUGCCUCUCAUUUCUUGCAGAAAAGCUCACCUUUGUUCCCAAAUGUCCGCAGCUCAUCAUGAGGCUGAUCUCGCUAGAGAGAGAGAGAGAUGAGCAGCAUUUCUGCAUAGCAAUUCCUAGUUAAUCUCUGCCUCUCAGAGAGAGACUUGAAUUGUUGAUGGCUUGUGGGUAAUUUAAUAACUAGCAAACAAAUAAGAUGUGUAGAUUGUAGCAACUUAGCCCUGAUGCAAAAUCCCCACACCUAUUUGCAUCUGUUUGAAAGAAUUCUGUUAUGAAGGUUUUGCUUUUUUACAUUUUAGCACCGGUGGAACAGCAUCAGGAGGAGUUGCUGCUCAGUGAAGCUGUGUUGAUCACAGCAGGCUCCACACCUGGCUAAGCAGUUUCAAUCCCCUGCGUGUGUCUGUGUGCCUCUCAAAAGGGAAGAGUAAUCUACUUGCUAGACGUGUGUCUCUCGCAGUCCUUGGACGACCUUGAACAGUCGUUUAACUUGUGUUUAUUUGCCCAUCUCUACCUGGGCAGAUAUUACUUCUGUGGUUUGGAGUGUGGAGGUUGAAUGGAUGUCUCGGCUUCGUUAUGGAUGAAAAGUGUUACUGAAAUGUAAGGUAUUCAUACUGUCUCUUCAGACAGCUGAUCAGAGUUCAGAUUCACCUUCCUGUCUUGCUGCUUCUUGCUUCAAAGCCAUUUGGACACUUGGAUUGUGCGGGAAGUCGGAAGGCAGUGUAAUAGCAGGGCUCUGAUGCAGACAGGUGUCACAGCCUUCGCUCAGAUUCACUUCUUAGCACUCGCAGGGCUGUUGAUAAGGUGCUGUUAUGCUGGUAUUGUGUUAUUCUUAAUCUGUCUUUGGCCUGCAAAGGGUCCAUCAGCAUCAGUUUCUCUGACACCUCGGCAGGCUCUCUGGGCACCUCAUUACUCUUUUCGGGAAGAGAGCAUUGCAAUUCUGCUCCUGCAUCCACAGAGAGCAGAGCUCACCUGCCUGUGCCAGCCCAGUUACUGUGAGGUGAGAGCUCAGAAUGAGGGCUGCAGUUUGUCUCACCAGAUACAUAAAGCACAUAAUACCACAACAAUAAUACAAUAUUUCCUGAAACUGUUCACCUUUUAUUUGUUCGUUUAAGACAGCAAAGCCUUGGUUUCCUCCCCUUCAAAUUCUUCUCUUGGCUCACAGGAGAGGGAGUGGGACAGGCCAUGGCUUUGGGAAACCUAGAAGCUGGUUCCUUGGUGCAUCAAUUCCAGUGACUUGGCUGUGUUUAUUUCACCAUUACCUCUUCCAUUUUAACUUUAAUCCUUGCUGAAGGCAGCACCUGAUUCUUACUGGUAGAAUUUUCAGAUCUACCAGUUUUUUUCUGCCUUCUGCUACUAUUCAGGGGAGAUGGGGGUUGGGAUGUGGUAUUCUGCAAAAUGUCAAGGUCUCUUCCUGGAGAGCUGACAGCAAAGGUGUUUUAUAUGUACAUGGGCUAUCAGGAUGAGACAUUCCUACUCAGAAACAUUGGCUGAGACAGACAGACAUUCCUCCUGCCACAGAGAGACAGGCAGGCUCACUGUUGCCAAGCCUUGAAAUAUUUGGCAUGUUUUCUAUUGCCCUAGUUUUGUGGAGUUGUACCUGAAGUUUUAUAAGUACAUGAGAAUUUUAGUUCUGUGUUUUUACUGGAAAAAAAAUGAAAAAGGAAGGAAUGAAUAAAAUACAAUAAACUAACCUCCUGCCUAGACAGAAGUGGUGUGAGAAUGUGACUCAAUUGCUUAAAACCAGAAGACAAAUGAAAUAACCCUAGUGUAUUUCUAAACAGUUUUACAAGUAAACCUUGUGGUUUUGUGGGAGUUCUGACUUUCCUCUUAGGUUUUCAAUGUGUGAGGAGUCUGCAGCAGGGCUUGUUUUCUUGAGUGAAGGGAUAUUUGCAGCACUCUAAGAGUUCACGCAUCUGCAGUGUCCCCUGCAAGCAAUAAUGAGCUGACCAAAACAAUCAGUCUCCCUGAAUUAGAAGAGCUCUGCAUUUUUAAAAUUUUCUUUGCAUUCUAAUGUGUGGUUUUUCAGUUGUUCUGGCUUUCAAGCCUUUCUUGCAAGCAACAGGAUCUUAAAUUUCAAGUGGAAGCCAAGAUUUCUUGUAAGAACGUGGUUCGGGGUAGUGGUGUUUUGACAUUUUCACAGUUAUGUCAUAUAUCAUCACACCUUCCUAUGAGCUGGCAACACCGUUUACACAGAGAUGAACAUAAUUAUUCACAGAGGGGCCCUGUUAGAGCUUCGGACUCCCCGGCUGAUCUAGAGGAGAGCGACUGGCUCUGCAGGUCUGUGUCUGUCUUUCAUGGGCUCGCAGCAACAUGCAGCUGCCUGUGCACUUCACGUUGGCUCCGUAGGCCGGUGCCAAGGCACGUGCUCCUGAAAUCACCAGCGAAUUCAGAGGCUCCCACUCGCACCUCUGCGUGGCCUGAGCCGAGGGACACAUGCAGCCAGGCUCCCACAACAGAAGGGUUUCCAAUAAAGCUGAAACACAGAGUUAUUGUUUGUCCAACCGCUGGCGAAUGCACAGAGCCAUUGUGUGGGUCCUGAAAGCCUGGGCGCUUUAUUCUCUGCAGACUGAAUGGCAGCCGCGGGUAAUAAUAACACAAGAUUAAAAAAGCCAACAUUAUAGGGGCAUUUACAACCUGCUGAGAGAAUGAAAUCUCAGCAAGGCUGAGCUGUGUCUCUAGCGAUCCUACGUUUUUACUGCUUGAUAAGGAAAUGAUGGGCAGCUCUGGAGAAAUGGCCACCACAGAGCAGACAAAGGGGGAACAGGCUGGCUGUUCAAAUGCUGCAGUAAGUAAUGGAAAAGCUGUCUGCAGAUCAAGUGACCUGUCCUUCCCCGUGCUGGCUGAGCUGGGGGGUGUGUGUGCAGGCACACUGUUUCCUUCCCAGGCAGGCAUCAGUGGCACCAGGAUUGGUUUGCACAGUUCAGAGCCUUGUGCUUGGAAGUCUUUGGUCAGCAUCAUCCAGGCUGGUGCAUUGGUAGCUGUUAGCAGGUCCACUCAGGAGAAUUUACUUGUGAGAAUGAGACUGGCUGUGGAAAAGAGAUGGUGGAAUUAGCUUUCUGCCUGCAGGAGCGGCCACUCUUUCUGUCAACUUAAAUUUAGGGAGACAAUAAAUAUUGAGCAUCCUGAAUGCAAGUUCCAGUUCUAAGUCACAGUAAUGACAACUACCUGACACAAUUUGAGUUCAUCUGGCACCUUCUUACAUGUGGAGUUUUAUUAUUUUUAAAACAAAGAAACCCUACUCCACAGGGGGGAAAAAAAAUUUAAAAAAUUUAAGGAACAGCUCCUUGUGUUAAAAACCAAGUCUUUAAUUCAGUGCUGGUUUAAACAAUUCUUUAACACAAAUGUCUUAUAAAGUUCUUUGUAAACAGCUUUGUAAGACCCACUUUCCCCAUGCACACCUGGAAACUGUUCUUGGUAAGUCAGAGACAGAGUAUCAGCCUGUAGCAAGAUCCUCUCAGGAUAUGCCCAGGCUGCAGAAUAAUGAUGGCAGAUUAAGCCAGCCCUAACCUUGCUAGCCUUGAGUAUUACCAGCGGGCUAACCCUGACAGUGCUGAGCCACAGGAAUUUGUACCCACCUGUUCAGACAGGUUGUGCUGCUCUCUGCUACUCAGCAGGUUUCUGAGGCAGCAUCUUACAUAUGUGACCUUGGUCUUUGGCAUUAAUGAUGCAGUGAGUGAAAUGAUGAGAGGUAAUUUAAAGUAACAAAACAUAGGUUUUGCUACAUGGCUAGGCCAGGUGUGGUUUAAUAGCUGUACUUGUCCUUUCUAAAAACAUCCUCAUCUGUUCAAAUCUCUUGUUUUGCUCGUGCCAGGCAACAUGGCAUGGAAAUUGCUGGGCCUUGGGUGCUGUUUCUAGUGUGGGCUAUUAUGGGGAAUCAGAAAUUCAGACUGCUCAUGGAUUCAUUUACUUGGAUUAAUGAAUCUGUCUCUGCCUCUGUUUCCCCAAGAGUAAUGUGAAGUUACUUACGUCAGAGGGAUUUAUGAGCUUUUUUCUAUAUUGGCCAUUUUGCAGAGAGUGAAAUUCAGCUCAGAGGGCUCUGCAGAAGGACAAAGUAUUUGAGUUUAUUCUCUUAUAAUCCCUGUUACAAAAAAUUGAGAAGUUUCUGUUUAAAGUCUCUUUAAACACAAAGUAUAAUUACUCUUUGGUUUUUUAUCCUCUCUCUUUCUUCCUGU